UUCUCAUUCUUCUCUCCAAUCAUCCCUCUCGCCCACAUCCCGAAACUAUGACUUCCAUCAGCCUCCGUCCAGCCCACUUUGCCCCCGACCCUAUCCUCGACUCGCAUCCCACCAUGAAAAACGCUUCCCCCUUCCAGACGACGCUCUACCUCAAACACCUCCCGCCGAGCAUCAAGCCAAAGCAUUUCGACCUCAUCCUGGGGCAGCCGCCGAGGAGGGAUGGGAGUAAAGGGCGGAAACGCGAGACGGGCAUCAAAAUGUAGGUAGUUUUGGGUUUUGUGGCGUCGAGCCAUGCGGUAUCAGACAUGGAACAUGGAACAUGGGGCUGACGCGUGGUGAUAGGGUACAGAUAUACACUAUCCCCGCCCACUCUUCACCUGCCCCUUCCCCAUCCACACGACAUACGUCUCCCCUCCCUCUCGUCCAGCGAGGCGCCAGCACCCUGCCUGCUGUACUUCGCGCCAUACUCUGUCUCUCUUCCCGCCCCGACUCGGAUAGGUCUCAGACCCCGCCCGUUGAUGCGCUGUCAAAAGUCGACAAGUCGAGAGAAAGGAGAGUGUCGGACGAGUCGCAUCAUGAAGUCAUAAGGCGGCGGAGUACAGGUGGGGAGUCGGGGAUCGAAGUCAUUGAGGGGCCAGACUAUGGUCGCCCUUCGUCCAGCUUUGGAGAGCUGGAAAGGAUAACAGAGGAAGAAGUCGUCGAUCCCUAUGGCGACGACGCUGAAGAGCUGGAAGGCGAAACACCAGCCGUUGCGAGGGAGAAUGACGAGAACCAAGGUUUCCAAGAUUCAGAAAAGGAAGAGGAAGAAGGGGAGAUUGUAGCGUAUAUUCAUUUUUGUUGUGACAAUCAUUUGUACAGUGCUAAACGCAUCCUGGGGCACCUCACCAUCGACGGCUAUCGGCCCACGAUCAGUACCAAACGGUUCGAUUCUGGUCUCGUCAAGCGUUGGGCAGGGCCAAUCUCUGGUGGGUCCAAAGAGAAAUAGAAUAGGUGGUAUGGGAAGAGAUAAAACAGGGUCAGAGUCAAAUAAUAUCGAGCGUAUAAUCUGGACGCCGUCAGUCCAAGGAGGAAAAAGCGAGCGAGCUUUGUUGUAUCUAUAAUCUUAACGAAUGUGUAGUCGGUCCCCAUUUAGAUCCUCAUACAAUUGUAGUAUAUACUAUAUCUCUAGUACAGUAGCCAAACAUCAUUCAGGCCAUGCACAUCAUCAAACAUUUCG